CUGAACACUUCCUUCCCCUCUCUAAUACACGAGAACAUUCACAGACUGAAGCUGACACUCGUGUGCCACUGCUCGUCAGGACCGGACCGAACCCAGAUCUCGUCAUGUCUGUCAAAUCUGAACUGACCAUACUUCUACUCGCACUGAUCCUUGGUGACCAAGUUCACACAAGUUACAUCUUUGGGGGUCGUGAGGCUGUGCCACACAGCAGGCCGUACAUGGUGUACCUGAAGGGGCACGUGCAGGAGGGGAAAUCAUUCACCUGUGGAGCCUUCCUCCUCAACGAGGACUUUGUCAUGACCGCAGCCCACUGCCAAGCCGACUCCUACAACGUCUUGCUUGGAGUUCACAGAGUUUCAAAACCUAAAGAUGUACAGAAUAUAUCCGUAGAACACGCCUUUCCAAAUGAAAACUAUGAUGCAAGUGAUUGCAGCAAUGACAUCAUGCUUCUGAAGUUAAAUUCCAAGGCGCGUUUCAACAAAAACGUGCAACCCAUACGUCUUGCAGACGGAGGUGAUGGUUCUCUACCCAAAUCAUGUGCAAUCGCUGGCUGGGGAAGAAGUGACAAAUACCCAAACUCAAAGAGUCCUGUCCUCAUGGAAGUGAACGUGACACUUGUUGAGAAUCCGAACUGUACGAAACACUCAUACUGUUCAGAGGGAAGGAACGGCCCAGGGCAGGGGGACUCCGGCAGUCCGUUGGUCUGUGAGGAUGGGAGGGCUUUUGGGGUUAUGUCCGCAGGAAGCGACCCUUCGGUUGUCCCCCAAAUAUACUCCUACACCAAAAUUUCUGACUAUAAAGAUUGGAUCAAUUCGAUCUACAAAAAAGCAGCGCAGCUUAAAUUCAGAAUGCUUUAAUUGCUUUUACAAGCAGUUGACUGUAAAACAAAUUACUAACUGCUAUCAUUUAGUUGGUUGUAUUAUUCUUCUGCUACAUUUUCUACCCAUUAAAAAGGUAGUUACUGUAAAAAAAUAUAGUUCCUUAUACUGUAUAAUCAGGCUACAAAACAACAAUAUAUUCAUUUGACGUCAUACAUUUGUUCUAAAUAAAUAAGGUAUUGACAACA